AAUACAAGCAGCAAUAUCCGACUAGCGGUUCGCCCUUCACCUUCAACGGCAAGAGGUUAUCAAAAAUCCAAGUGGACCCAGAUCGCGACGACUACUUUAUCGGUUGGAACCGGCAAGUAGUACUAAUCGGCGGAGGCAUGUUUUUAGUGCUGUUGCUGGCAUACCUGCACGCUGUAAUGGUCGCAAGGAAACGCGCCGCGGGGUCGAGUAGUAGCAAUGGUGCAGCUGCUGCGGCUGGGAGAAAGGAAGAGGAAGUAACAGAUAACGUUGUACAACACACGGAAGCAAAGAGUGAAGAUGUGGCGCAAGGUGGCGAAGGAGAGCAACAGGAUCGCGUUUGAAAUUAGGCUCUGCAAAUUACAGUGAAUGACCGAGCAGAAAACGAGAAGAACUAAUUGUGACUGUUGAAGAACACUUGCUUGACUUUUUAGGUAUCAAUGCUGAUAAUGAAUGCGCAUGUGGUUUGAUGAUGCCAAUGAAAUGCUGACAUACUGUACAGAAGAUGAGCCAGCCCAGAGGUCGAACCAGAAUCUUCAUGUAGAGACUCUCGUCGACAGUAUAGUACGCUGCGCAAAAUGUUGAAACAAGCAC